UGCCAUCUCUUCGAUCGUGUAUGGACGGGCGGUGCCCAUUCUGGACGGUAAUGUGGCGAGGGUGUUGUCGAGGCAGCUCGGGCUGUAUGCGAAUCCGAAGGCCAAGGCCACCACCGACGUGCUGUGGGAGGCGGCGCGCGUGGUGGUGGAAAAGGCGCAAGAGGUCAAGCAGGGCGGAGCAACGCCAGGCCAGUGGAAUCAGGCGCUCAUGGAGCUUGGGAGCACACUGUGUACGCCGCUCAAGCCGGCAUGCAACGAGUGCCCGAUCAGAGCCAGUUGCAGGGCACAUGCCGAGGCCACGCUCCCGGCGAGCAAAGGCGGCGUGGAGGAUAUCGAAGACCUGUGCAAGCUUUGCGAGCCGUUCCCAAACGAUCUCAAGCCCGAGCCUGCAGCAAAGAGCGAGCCCAAGGGCGGCAAGAAGAUGCGCCAGGCAACGCUCUCGUUUGGCACCUCCUCAUCCACCGAAGCCAAGGAGACGGCCCGAGUGAGCGGCGACGAGGCGGUGCAUGCGCACGUCUGCAAGUUCCCCAUGAAGCUGAGCAAAAAGACGAUCCGCACAGAGUCGUGUCUGGUGUGCAUCGUCCGGCGACCUGCGGGCGAGUAUCUGCUGGAACAACGCCCAGCGUCAGGGCUGCUCGCCAGCAUGUGGCAGUUCCCCUCGCUCACGCUCUCCACCACCGAGGCAGGAUCGACUGCCACACCACCGACGCCGCCAACGCGCGCUCAAAUCGACGAAUUCGCCACCUCGUUGCUCGGAUGCAAGGCGGCAGCACAGGCGCACCAGCGCAUCGGCACCAUCGAGCACGUCUUUUCCCACCUCCACCUCACCAUGCACGUCCACUGCGUCGAGCUGGCCAAAGACGUAGAUCUCCCUGCCGCCAAGCGGAAGAAGGAGGAGGCAAAGGCGAGGAACUUUGGAAGCAGUCUAGGCGACACUGCCACGAGAAAGUGGGCCGAUGCGGCGGCAGUCGAGGCAGAAACCAUGGGAACGGGUAUGCGCAACUGCUGGAUCGCGUAUCAGCAGCAAGCCACCACUCCAGCCAGGGCCAAGACCAAGCCGGCCAAGCGCAAAACCUGA